AUGUCCACGGCAACGGCCAAGGAGGAGGAUGCGGCAGCCGCUUCGGUGGCGGCCACGGCGCCCGCAAUGGGCGGCGAGGAGGCCGCCGCGCGCGCCGCGCAGAAGCGCUACGAGGCCCUCCUCACUGUGCGGGCCAAGGCGGUCAAGGGCAAGGGCGCCUGGUACUGGGCGCACCUCGAGCCCGUUCUCGUCCCGCCCGCCGACACCGGCAUGCCGCCCAAGGCCGUCAAGCUGCGCUGCGCACUCUGCUCCGCCAUCUUCUCCGCCUCCAACCCGUCACGGACCGCCUCCGAGCACCUCAAGCGUGGCACCUGCCCCAACUUCGCUGCCCCGCCGCCGGGACCAGCCGGCACCUCGGGCUCGCAGCCGUCGCCGACGUCCACGCACCAGCAGCAGCUCGCGCUGCCGUCCAACUCCACCGCCUCGUCCCCUGUCCCCAUCUCCUCCAUUGCGCCCUCCUCGCCGCGCCACCACCAGCACCACCACUCCAAUCCGCACCACCACCACCACCACCAACAACAACAAUGUCAACAACAAUCCGGCAGCCGCAAGCGCCACUCCAUGCCCCCCGCGUACACGCCAGCGGACCCCGUGUCCCACCAUCACCACCUCGUCGUUGUUGACCCGUCCUCGGUCUAUUCUCCGGCGUUGCCCGCGCUGCCGCCGCCCCCUCCGCCACACCAGUCGUCGGCACUCGUGCUCUCCGGCGGCAAAGACGACUUGGGCGCUCUCGCCAGGCUCGAGGACAGCGUCAAGCGCCUUAAGUCACCCAAGGCAUCGCCGGUCGCCAUGAUGCCCAAGCCCCAGGCUGACGCGGCGCUCGCCUUGCUGGCCGACUGGUUUCUGGAGUCAUCGCCUGGCGUAUCCUCUCCGCCGCUAGCCAUCCCAAGCUCCGGGCCUUCCUCCGCCACGUGGGGCUACCGGACCUGCAGCGCGCCGACCUUGCUGGCCCACGUCUCGACGCCCGCUUCGCCGAGGCGCACGCCGACGCCACCGCGCGGGUUCGGGACGCGCUCUUCUUCCAGCUUGCCGCCGACGGCUGGCGGGAGAAGGUGGUCACUCUCUGUCAACCUCCCAAAUGGCACGUCCGUGUUCCACCGCGCUGUGCCGGUACCCGCCAUGGCGCCGUCAGACUACGCCGAGGGGCUGAUGCUCGACGCCGUGGCUUCCGUCUCAGCCUCAGGUUCCUCCAACGACCUCCACCGUUGCGCAGGCAUAGUUUCUGACCGCUUCAAAUCAAAGGCGCUGCGUGAUCUUGAGAACAAGAACUACUGGAUGGAGCUGUCGCUUUUCCGCUCUGCCACAGCCAAGUCUGCCAAGCUUGCUGCCUACUUCAAUGCCAAACAGACGGCGCGGUCUUUGCUGCACAAGCAUCAAAUCCAAGAGCUCGGUCAUGCCUCGCUCCUUCGAGUCGCACAUGUGCCGUUUAACGGCAAUGGCAGCAACUGCCGUGCGGCCUUUGAGAUGCUGGCGGACAUUCUGAACUCUGCACACCCUCUCCAUCGUGCUGUGCAAGAGGACUCGUACAAGCUCGUGUGCAUCGAUGACUCAGUUGCCCGGGAGAUUGGGGAGAUGGUGCACAGUGAGGCUUUCUGGAUAGAGGUUGAUGCCGUGCAUUCGCUCGUGAAGCUGAUAAUGGAUAUGGUGAAGGAGAUGGAGGCUGAUCGGCCUCUUGUUGGGCAGUGCCUGCCACUAUGGGAGGAAUUGCGUAGCAAGGUUCAGAAAAACUACCACCCAGCCUGGUCGGCAGCCUUCAUUUUGGAUCCUCUCUACCUUGUCAAGGAUGCUAGUGGGCGUUACCUCCCUCCAUUCAAGUGCUUGACGCCUGAUCAGGAGAAAGAUGUCGACAGGCUGAUCACUAGAAUGGUGUCCCGGGAAGAGGCGCACCUAGUUCUGAUGGAGCUGAUGAAAUGGCGGUCAGAUGGGUUGGACCUGUUGUAUGCACAAGCUGUGCAGGUGAGGCAGCCUGACCCCUCCACAGGGAGGAUGAAGGUCGCGAAUAAGCAGAGCAGCAGGCUUGUUUGGGAGACAUGUCUGAGUGAGCUCAAGUCGCUCGGCAAGGUAGCUGUGCGGCUCAUCUUCCUCCAUGCAACCUCUAGGGGUUUCAGAUGCACACCGUCAAUGGUGCGCUGGCUCUCUGCACCAGGGAGCUUGGCAAGUGGAAACGACAGAGCACACAGGUUGGUUUUUGUUGCUGCAAACUCGAAGCUAGAGAGGAGGGACUUCUCUAGCGAUGAAGACAAGGAUGCAGAGUUACUCGCUAAAGGGGAUGAUGAUGUGGCGAAUUUACCAGGCAAUGUGGAAUCAUAA